AUGUUGAUUCAUGUUGAUUCAUUUUCUUGGCAUUUUGCAGCGUUUUGCAGCGUUUUGCGGCCUUGGUGCCAUCAAGCGAGUGGUCUGUACAGCCUGCCUUGGCUCCAGCCAAUGGCCGAUCUCUCCUUGGUAUGCUUCGCGCAUCCUUCCAUGAAGCUUCCAAAGCCAAUUGCUGAAAUCCCAUUUAAGGAAUAUCCCUUUUCCAUUGCUCCGGAUGCUACUGUCAUGGAACUCAUGGAGAAGGUGGAGGAAUUCGUGGAGGAUGUUAGCCGGGAGAAAAAUGAGCCUGUGUCCUUCCAGAUUCAGGUGAUGUGGAAUACCAAGAACAACAAGAAGGCCUUGAACCCUGGAGAUUUCAUCAAGGAGCACUUUAUCACUGGGGACACCUUCGGCAUUCAUGGCGACAUCAUGUCUGCACCGAAGGACUUGCCUCAUAUCCCAGAGGAGAAGAAAUUGCCAGUCACAAUUUUGACCGGGUUUUUAGGCGCCGGCAAGACCACCUUGCUGAAUUACAUUCUGCAGGAACAAAAGGAGAAAAAGAUUGCCGUCAUUGAAAAUGAGUUUGGUGAGGUUCCCAUCGAUGAUGCCUUGCUCAACAAGGAGAAGAUCGCCAUGGCUGAGAAGAUUCUCGUCAUGGACAAUGGUUGCAUGUGCUGCACCAUCCGCGGCGAUCUCCUUGACGGCCUCAGGAGCAUUUUGAAUGAGGUGGACAAAGGAACCCACUUGGAUCAGGUCAUGAUCGAGACAACAGGAAUGGCAGAUCCCGUUCCAAUUGUUCGUACUUUCAUGACCUCAGAUGACAUCAGCGCUCGGAUGCGUUUGGAUGGAGUCAUCACAGUUGCGGAUGCAAGAAACAUCAUAGGGCGCUUGGAUGACCAGGUGGAAGAAGGAAAGGUGAACGAGGCCUACCAACAGGUUGCCUUCUGUGACAAGCUGCUGCUGAACAAGUUGGACUUAGUGUCAUCAGAAGAAGCUAUCAAGACGAAGGAGAGACUUCGAGAUAUCAACGCGUUUGCGAAGAUUGUGCCUGCUGUUCGUGGGAGAGUCAAACUCUCAGAGCUUUCGAAUUUGAGAGCUCAUGACAUGACAAACUUUGUCAACGCUGAGAUUGAGAAAGAGGCAGUGGAGAAAGAGGAAGCUCAUGGUGAUGGUGGACAUGGAGAACAUGGAGGUGGACAUAAUGGUCACAGUGCUCACAAUGGUGACGCGCACGACCAUGGCCACGGCGAAAACGGUGGACACGGCGAACAUGGAGGACAUGGACAUGGACAUGUCGACGAACAUGGCCAUGUGACGAAGAAGCAGAAGAGUCGACAUGACAGCAGGGUGAACUCUAUGUCACUAGUGAGAGAAGGAGAACUGCUGCCUUCAAAGCUCUCUGCUUUCAUGCAGACUUUGGGGCAACUGCCACCUGAGAAAGGCACCAUCUUCAGAAUAAAAGGCAUCCUUGCGGUCAAAAGCCAUCCUUUCAAGCACGUCUUCCACGCGGUCAUGGACGUCAGUGAUGAAGCGGAUGCCGAGCCCUGGGGAAAAGAUGAAAAGCGGAUCACCAAGAUCGUAUUCAUUGGAAAAGGUCUCGACAAGACAUUCAUUCGAGAAUCCUUUGAUGAGUGUUUUGCGGCGUGAGGACGUCGCUGUAGUGUGAAUAAAACGCAGGCCUGCCACUGCCAGAGGCUCAAAAGGGGUCGGCGUUGCGCGGCCUUUCCGCAUGUCCCUCCCAGGACAAAAACAUCCCCAAUUGGGGGUUCUUCUUGGGUUUGCCCC